AUGGAUAAAAACAAUAUUUGUGGCUCUGCUGAGGACAUUAUUGAGACUCCGAAUUUUGCCAACUGUAGCCUUCACCCUGAGACCCUUGAGAAGUGUCACGGUUUUCCUUUUCCAUACACAUCGCUAUCGGGGGAAAGGAAAAAUUUCAAGAGGGCGGCUAACAGGGGAAGGAAAGGCUCCCGAGUAUUGUUGAGUACAACUUAUCCUUUGAGGUCAUCUGAGAAUACUAGAAGGGUUCUUCGUUCUAGAUCAGUUGCAGAUAAGUCACCUAUUGACGCUGCGCAAACUCCAACUGAAAGAGCUGCGAAGAAAACAAAGAGGGAUAGGCCAACAAAGACUGGUCCUAAUGAUGGGUUAUCAAAACUUCGUAAUCGAAUUAGAAACAUUUCGAGUCGGAUGAACUAUCAGAAACAUUUUAUUGAAGUGUAUGCCAGCGAAGGCUGGAAAAAACAAAGUUUGGAAAAGAUAAGGCCUGAGAAGGAGCUUGAACGAGCCAAGGCAGAUAUCAUGCGGUGCAAAUUAAGAAUACGAGAAGCUUUCCAGAAGCUUGAUAAUCUUCUAGCUGUGGGGAAACUUGAAAAAUCUUUGUUUGAUUAUGAAAGAAUGAUAUCUUCUGACCAUAUUGUUUGUGCCACUUGUAGAUUGCAAGGGCCUACAUCGAAUAAUGGCAUCAUUCUCUGUGACGGAGCCUGCGACAGAGGGUUCCACCAGAAUUGUCUAAACCCUCGUUUACUGACUAAAGAUAUCCCUGGAGCUGGAGAACGAUGGCUUUGCCCUGAAUGUGAUUGCAAGAUGAAAUGUAUAGAAUUAAUAAAUGAACUCCAGGGGACAAAUCUUUCCAUUAGUGACUCUUGGGAGAAAGUUUUUCCUGAGGCAGCUGCCGUGGCACACGGGCCUAUGCAAAAUGAUGUACCUGAUCUUCCAUCGGACGAUUCAGAAGACGAUGACUUCAACCCCAAUAUAUCCGAAGAACAUGUGGCUGGUCACGUGGAAGGACCAUCAGAAGAUGAUAUUUCAGACUCUGAUGACUCAAAUUUCAUCACCUCUUCUGACAAUUCAGAGCAUGUGAAGGAGAAAGAGAAAGUUGAUGUCCUUGAACUACCUUCGGACGACUCAGAGAAUGAGGAGUAUGAUCCAGCAGGUCCAGAUUCAGAUAAAGAUAUCGAAGAGAAGCAAGAUGAGUCAAACUUCAUAUCGGACUCUGGUGAUUUCUGUGCUGAUAUUGCGAAGUCAUGUGGUAAGGAUGAAGUUUCGUCUUGUCCUAAAGUUAGAGAUCAUACUACCAAGGAUCUUGACAUCGACCAAGCUGCGAUUUUACCAUCAAGGAGACGGAAGGUUCAACGUUUGGACUACAAAACACUUCAUGAUUCGGUGUGGAACACAAAAGAGCUUUUGAAGUGA